AGCAUGUUUUUGGCCUGGGGGAGACUCUGCACCCGUAACUGUAGACCUAAAUUCCUGAAGACAGUUGGGGCUUCAAAAAUCCUUGGACUCUCUACUUCUGCUGUGGAAGGGGGAGGGCAAACGUGUUCUUCUGUGUGCAUGCUCAGUCACUUCAGACUCUUUGUGGCCCUUUGGACCGUAACCCUCGAGGCUCCUCUCUUCACGGGAUUUCCCAGAAAAUGUCUUUGAAAUUCAAAAAUGCAAAACGAAUUGAAGGCCUUGAUAGCAAUGUGUGGAUUGAAUUUACCAAACUGGCUGCAGACCCUUCUGUUGUGAAUCUUGGCCAAGGCCUUCCAGAUAUAUCCCCUCCUGUAUAUGUAAAGGAAGAAUUAUCCAAGAUUGCAGCAAUUGAUAAUUUGAAUCAGUACACACGGGGCUUUGGUCAUCCAUCACUUGUGAAAGCUCUGUCCUGCCUAUAUGAAAAGUUUUAUCAAAAUCAAAUCAAUCCAAAUGAAGAAAUCCUCGUGACAGUAGGAGCAUAUGGAUCUCUUUUUAACGCCAUUCAAGGACUGAUUGAUGAGGGGGAUGAAGUCAUAGUGAUAGUGCCUUUCUAUGACUGCUAUGAGCCCAUGGUGAGAAUGGCUGGAGCAACACCUGUUUUUGUUCCCCUGAGAUGUAAACCUGUUGAUGGGAAAACAUGCUCUAGUUCUGACUGGACCUUAGAUCCUCAAGAACUGGCAAGCAAAUUUAAUUCCAAAACCAAAGCUAUAAUACUAAACACUCCGCAUAACCCCCUUGGCAAGGUGUAUACCAAAGAGGAACUCCAAGUAAUUGCUGACCUUUGCAUCAAAUAUGACACACUCUGCAUCAGUGAUGAGGUUUAUGAAUGGCUUGUAUAUACUGGAAACAAGCAUUUUAAAAUAGCCACUUUUCCAGGUAUGUGGGAGAGAACAAUAACCAUAGGAAGUGCUGGAAAGACUUUCAGUGUAACUGGCUGGAAGCUUGGCUGGUCCAUUGGUCCUAAACAUUUGAUAAAACAUUUACAGACAGUUCAGCAAAACACCGUUUAUACUUGUGCAACCCCUUUACAGGAAGCCUUGGCUCAAGCUUUCUGGAUUGACAUCAAGCGCAUGGAUGACCCAGAAUGUUACUUCAAUUCUUUGCCAAAAGAGUUAGAAGUAAAAAGAGAUCGGAUGGUACAUUUACUUGAAAGCGUUGGCCUAAAACCCAUAGUUCCUGAUGGGGGAUACUUCAUCAUUGCUGACGUGUCUUUGCUAGAUGUAGACCUCUUCGAUAUGAAGGACAGCAAGGAACCUUAUGACUAUAAAUUCGUGAAAUGGAUGAUUAAAAAUAAGAAACUGUCAGCCAUCCCAGUUUCAGCAUUCUGUAAUGCAGAAACCAAAUCACAGUUUGAGAAAUUUGUGCGAUUUUGCUUCAUUAAAAAAGACAGUACACUGGAUGCUGCUGAAGAAAUCAUCAAGGCAUGGAGUAGACAGAACUCUUGAUACAUGCAGAGUGUGUUGUUUCUAUUAAAUGAUCUAAUAUAAAAUUACUUGGUGCUGCCACUUGCUGGAUAUUGGAAAAAAAAAAAUCUUUCAGUACAAAUAAAAUUUAAAGGAAUAUUUCCAUUGGUAACCUCACCCCUAACAAUAUUCUGGGGAUCUUUUUUUUUUUUGCUGAACUGUAUUAAAACAGCUUCUGUUUCCUCAUAACAGUGGAAUAAAAAUAGCACCUACUUUAUUUAUA